AUGGAUAACUCGAUGGAUGAUCUCCCGCCGCACCGGGCACCUAGAAGAGGGUCAACCUCCCCGAUGCCACGCCGAGAUUCUGUGAGCUCAGAUAUACCCGAACAAGACCUCGUCGAAACUCUCUACAGUCAUCCAAAUGUCAAGAUCAUAUCAUUUACAGCUACCGGGAGAGCCUUUGCGAGAAGUCCUGCUCCAAGCAAUGUUGACCCACCUGGCACUCUAUCAUGGUCCUCGCAGCUGGAAAGGACCAUUGCCGUUGGGCCGUUUCGCAUCUACCGAGCCCCGCGAUCCGUAGCUUUCUUGAGCUGCGGUUCUGCUCUACAGCCUAUCUUACGAAAAAGCCAAUGUUGGUGCAUAGAUGAAGUAAACAGCAAAUUUAUUUUACAGAUCCGUCGACCGAAUUAUUGGAGGAUUGAAGUUCCCGUCGACGACCCCGAAGACCAACAGCGAGCUGAAGAAUUGAGAGAAGUGCUCAAUAACGUUCUCCAAUUUGAAAAGACCGAGUGCCCCUUCAAGCGCACAUUUACAGUCGAUCUACCAGAGCAAGUUCCCAUUACUAUCCUACCCUGGACACCUCGCUCUCAACCCACGAUACCUGACGAUGUCGCCUCGAUAUCGUCUGCUGGUUCUCGGAGAUCGUCAUUCGUUGGGAGAACUACUACACCUACGCCUUCAAAUGAUAGACGAAGUGACAGGCGUCCUAUGGACAUCCCCCCGAGCCCGCAUAUUGGUAGGCCUGCGAGGGCAGCAUCCUGCGUGGUACCCUCAAAUAUAUCUUUGUAUGAGGAGUACGGGAUGCAUCUUGAUCCUCUGCAGCCGAUGGGUGGAAACACGGGCGAAUCUCACUCAAGGCACUUGGACAUGGUGCCGGAACGUUCAGGCGAACACAAUUCAUACUCCUUCUUAUCCGGCCUCCCUGAGUCCUACAGCUCUCCAUCAUGCGUUAGCGACGUAGGGGUACUUGACGAUACGUCGUCGUUACUCUCAACUAGCCCUACCCAAAGUGAUCUGUCCGUCUAUCAGUUACAUGAAGGCUCCGGUAAUCGAGGAGGCCGUAUGAAGGCCAGGCUUCGACGACGAACCGCAGGAUUUACGACAACAAGAUCGGCUACAAUGCCCCCACACUUGAUGCCGACAAUAGAUAGGUCUGCACCUGCAGCUCCUACGCCACGAGCCUCUACACCGCGGGCCUCUACACCACGCGCCCCAGUCGUGAGAAGUGCUUCAGAAACAUCAAGAAGACCCCCACCUCGUGCUCCUGUCACUCCUAAGCCGGUCACUCCUAAGUCGGCUGGAAAGAAUGCCAAGGGAGAAUCGCGCUCUUCACAAUCCGCUCAGUCAAAUGGACUCGUACAACAACCACGACUGCAACGGCGAGAUAGCGAGGAAUCCUUCCACAGCGUUGAGUCAUGGCAUUCAACAGGUGCUGUCGUGCAUCAUGCACCCCCUAUUUCACAAACGAAGUCUGCCAAUCAGGCGAAGAAAGAACCGAAAGAGACGGACACUCUUUCCGUUGAAAGAUGGCAGAGGCAAACGUCCCGAAGUAGGGGAAGCUCACCAAUGCCAUGUGCCUGGGAAUCUGAUGCCGACUCGGACAAUAGCGAGGCGUCUCAGAAGGGCGCAACACUGGCGACGGAAGAUACAGUCGCUGCUGAACCCAAAGCAGCUCUGUCGACAGCAACACCACCACAGCGACCAUUUGCUCCUCGCCAUAGAGCGACGACGAGCAGCCUUUCGGUGCGGCGACGGGCGCUAUCCCCUCUACCUCCCGCCGCGGAUCUUUUCACUCCAGCUUCAACCAUGGAUCGACAACCCUAUAGAAGUAAACUGGAGACUGUCAAGAGUCUACCAAUGGCCAUCAUUGCUAAAACCUGCGAAAUGAUCAUGGGCCCCCCCAGCUCUCUUCUUCGGCUUAUCCUCAGGGUCGCAGCCAAAAUUGCUUCGGGACAGUGGCGAGGUCUUGUAUAUGGAUAUGGUGAAGAUGGCGAAGAGAUACCGGUUCAAUGGGACUACUCGGGAAGCGAGUUCAGCGACUGGAGCGAUGAUGAAAACCAGCAACAGAAUCAUCGCAGUGGUCCAGGAAAGCGACACAGUAGACAUCGCAGUAAAACCACCAAUGCGAGCAAGGGAUCCACAGGACAGAGUGAACUGAACAGGCGGCCCUCAUCAUCGGACGACAGCCGAAGCUGGGGGGUUGACUAA